AUGCCUUAUGAGGCAUCAUCGCUUAUGCUUUACGAGGCAACAUCACUUAUGCUAUACGAGGCAUCAUCACUUAUGCUUUACGGUGCAUCAUCAUUUAUGCUUUACAAGGCAUCAUCACUCAUGCUUUACGAGACAUCACCACUCAUGCUAUACGAGGCAUCACCACUCAUGCUUUACGAGGCAUCGUCACUUAUGCUUUACCAGGCAUCACCACUCAUGCUGUACGAGACAUCAUCACUCAUGCUUUACCAGGCAUCACAACUCAUGCUAUACGAGGCAUCACCACUCAUGCUUUACGAGGCAUCGUCACUUAUGCUUUACCAGGCAUCACCACUCAUGCUAUACGAGGCAUCACCACUCAUGUUUUACGAGGCAUCAUCACUCAUGCUUUACCAGGCAUCACCACUCAUGCUAUACGAGGCAUCACCACUCAUGCUUUACGAGGCAUCGUCACUUAUGCUUUACCAGGCAUCACCAUUCAUGCUAUACGAGGCAUCUCCACUCAUGCUUUACGAGGCAUCGUCACUUAUGCUUUACCAGGCAUCACCACUCAUGCUAUACGAGGCAUCACCACUCAUGCUAUACCAGGCAUCACCACUCAUGCUAUACCAGGCAUCACCACUCAUGCUAUACCAGGCAUCACCACUCAUGCUAUACGAGGCAUCACCACUCAUGCUAUACCAGGCAUCACCACUCAUGCUAUACGAGGCAUCGUCACUUAUGCUUUACCAGGCAUCACCACUCAUGCUAUACGAGGCAUCACCACUCAUGCUAUACCAGGCAUCACCACUCAUGCUAUACCAGGCAUCACCACUCAUGCUAUACGAGGCAUCACCACUCAUGCUAUACCAGGCAUCACCACUCAUGCUAUACGAGGCAUCACCACUCAUGCUUUACGAGGCAUCAUCACUCAUGCUUUACCAGGCAUCACCACUCAUGCUAUACGAGGCAUCACCACUCAUGCUAUACCAGGCAUCACCACUCAUGCUAUACCAGGCAUCACCACUCAUGCUAUACGAGGCAUCACCACUCAUGCUAUACCAGGCAUCACCACUCAUGCUAUACGAGGCAUCACCACUCAUGCUUUACGAGGCAUCAUCACUCAUGCUUUACCAGGCAUCACCACUCAUGCUAUACCAGGCAUCACCACUCAUGCUAUACGAGGCAUCACCACUCAUGCUAUACCAGGCAUCAUCACUUAUGCUUUACGAGACAUCAACACUUAUGCUUUACGAGACAUCACCACUCAUGCUUUACGAGACAUCAUCACUUAUGCUUUACGAGACAUCACCACUCAUGCUUUACGAGACAUCACCACUUAUGCUUUACGAGACAUCAUCACUUAUGCUUUACGAGACAUCAUCACUUAUGCUUUAA